AUGAUGAGGGCCUCUGUUCUGGAACAGGAGCUGAAAGCAGAGAAGGGACUUGGGCAGUGCUCUGGGAAGUUAACCCUUCACUUCUCUGCUCCUAUGUUUCAGCUCAAAACUUAUUUCUCAACCGCGGAGACCACGGAAAUGAGUGGCAAAUGCGUGGUGGCUUUGGCAACAGACCCCAAUAUCCUGAGCCUGAGCGGGAAGGUGCUGCCAUCUUAUGACCUUGCUCGACGCUACGGCCUUCAGGAUGUGGAUGGCCGCCCCAUCCAGGACUAUUUGUCUUUGAGUUCGGUUCUCUCCUAUUCCUCCAGCCUGGGCUGGCUGGCCCCCUACUUGCCUGGCUUCCUGCGAAUGCCAAGUGGAUUAUGA